ACUCGUCAGUAUUAUGAUGUGCAGUCGGUAUAGGUAGGUCGGUAUAGUCGCGUUGACUUGAUUACACUUCUGUAGUACGAUUGAGUUUCGGAGUUUCACGUUUUGUAAUAAUUUCAUCGUACCCAGUGUGCCUGUGCUGCAGUUCGUAGAUAUAUGUGUCGCGACGUCCUCGGAUAAAUUUGCUUUCGAAAUAUUAAUUCGGUCAUCGCUUAUUCGCUUCUAUGUCACUUGAAUACCUAUUCAAGUAUAUAUUUAAAGUAUAUUUGAAGUCAAGAACUUCAAAUCAGGCGGCUGCUUAUAGUAGAUAAUUCUCCGGAAGGAAUCUCUGAACAAAAUAUAUACAAUAUACAUACCAACUGCUAUUGUAACGCGCCUAUACAUAUUGUAUCAUACAAUUUAUUAUAUUUGGAAACAUGAAGUGGCCAACAUUGUGGAUGAAAUCAAAUAAAAAUGAUUUCAGUUAUGGAAUCGAUUCCACCAUAGCACAGAUCUUGGCUUUGACGACGAGCUAUCUGUUCAGCAUGAAAAUUGGCAUCGACAUGAUGACACCGACGAUAAUCAUUGGUGCCAUUACCGACAAAGAAAGUAACACCAGCUACAACCCUCUCUCCCACAUAUCCGAAGAACAGACUUCCUGGAUAGGAAGUCUCAUCUACCUGUUCCCGCCGGUGGGCAGCGUGGUCGUGUCGUUUGUGCAAGACCGUUUCGGCCACCGGGCGUGCAUGAUGGUGGCCAACGUCACGCACCUGCUGUCCGUGGCCACGUUGAUGUUGUCCGACGGCGCGGCCGGGCUGUACGCCAGCUCGGCACUGAUGGGCUUCAACGUGGGUUUCGUGACCAGCUUCUCGCUGUCGUACUGCGGAGAGGUGUGCGAGCCCAAGCUCCGCGGCACGCUCACCGCCGUGCUCAACCUGUUCUACUUCGCCGGUUACCUGUGCGUGACCAUGCUGUACGCGGUCACCGCCGAUUGGCGGCUGUCCGUGCUGUUCACCGCGAUAUUGUCGGUCGUCAAUGCUGCGAUCCUGUUCAAGACCCCAGAUUCGCCAAUGUGGUUGAUGUCCCGUGGCAGAACGGAUGAGGCGAAGAGCACGUUUAACAAACUUCGAGGUGGCGUUGGCGAGGACAAGUGCGCCGUGGAAUAUCGAGACAUGGUUCAUUAUACAUCCGAAAUUAAUCUACCAACAGAUGGAGAAAAAAAGAAAAUGUCUUCUAUCAAAGAUUCACUGUACCGCUUCAUUGAACCCGAAACGUUGAAACCUUUGCAACUGCUCAUGAUAAUGAUUUUCUUCACCAAUCUGUUGUCCGGUAUACCGUACAUACCGUAUCUGAUAUCCGUAUUUGACAAAUUCCAAGUGUCUUUCCAUCCAGCUUGGGCAACGACGAUGUACAUGGCUUUUGGCGUCGCGGGAAACGUGCUGACCAUAUGCUCCAUUAACAAAUUGGGAAAGAGAUUUUUGGCUUUGUGCACAAUGGCUACUUGUUCAGUUUGUUACCUGUCCAUUGGAAUCGUCGGAAACGUAUUGCCAUCGUCUCCAGUCACGUCAUGGAUAAAAAUCGUGUUGUUCUUCAUGUCAACUUUUUUUUCGUCGAUGGGAAUAAUGCCUAUAGUGUGGAUUCUCAUGUGUGAAAUUUUCCCAAUGAAAAGUAAAAACGUCGGUGCCGGUCUUAGUUCAGCGACAUACUUCAUCUUGAGUUUCCUGAUGACCAAGUUCUAUUUGGAUCUCGAAAUGUUUACGGGUUUCUAUAACACUUUCGUUUUGUUCGGGUCCAUAGGCCUAAUCGGCCUGGUGUAUUUGCACUUCCAGCUCCCGGAAACCGAGAACAAGACGCUAAACGAGAUUUCAGAACACUUUAAAUGCAAAAACACGAAAGCCGAUGUGCAAGCUGGUUUGGCUUAAAUCAAUAUGAAUAUGCGUUAAAACUGUAACGUAACUAUUAUUGUUAUUAUUAUUACCAAUAUAGCAUAAUUCAUUGUUAAUUUUAAACGCAAAUUUUACGUCUUAUAAUGUAUAAUGUAUAAUAAUUGGUUUAGUGUUUACCGUAUACAUCUGUACGUUCUUAUGUUCUGAGUUUAAUUUUUAUUUUCAUUGUAGGUACUUAUUUAAUUUGAAUGUUUUUCUACCAAUUGUAUCUGUAGUAAUAGCAUUCAUAAAAAAAUCUCACUUAUCACGGGUGUUACAUACAAAUCGCGGACAUUUCCACAGACAGUUUUUGGUGUAAUAGGACACCUCCCCCCCCCUCCCGAUAUAUUUUUCAUGCAGACAUUUCCUCCCCACCAUUUUUUUUAAGUUUA